AUGGCUGCUGAAAUUAAGAGAGAGUAUAAGUUGAUUGUCACAGAGGAACAAUGUGGGAAGGCAAAGACAAAGUUGUUAAAGGAAAGAAAAGCAAGCCAUGAAGCUCACUUUGCACGAAUCUGGGACUAUCAGGCUGAGAUUCUGCAGUCCAAUAAGGUAUCUGUAAUGGAAAUAGAGACUACACCAGGGCCUACUAUUGGAAGCAAACAACGGUUUUAUCGUCUCUAUAUCUGCUUUAAAGCUCAACGAGAUGCUUGGAAAAAUAGUUGUAGACCGAUUAUAGGAUUAGAUGGUGCUUUUCUUAAGUGGGAUAUUAAGGGCCACCUUUUUGCUGCAGUUUGUCGGGAUGCUGAUAAUCGAAUAGUUCCAAUAGCAUGGGCGGUUGUUGAGAUAGAGAACGAUACCAAUUGGGACUGGUUUGUUAGUCACCUAAGUGCAUCAUUGGAUCUUGGUGAUGGUGGCAAAGUUACAAUCCUUUCAGACAAACAAAAGGGUUUAGUGAAAGCUGUUAAGAUCGUCCUUCAACAAGCCAAACACCGUAUGUGUGCUCGACAUGUUAUAGAUAAUUGGAAGAAGGAUGGCAAUGAUCUAGAGCUGAAGCGGCUAUUUUGGAAGAUAGCACGUAGUUACACAAUGGGAGACUAUGAAGAAAACACGCAAGCACUGAAUAGAUACAGUCCAGGUGCAUGGGUCUCUCUGCAGAAGACUAAUCCUCCAGGCUGGUCCAGAGCUUUUUUUAGGGUUGGAUCGUGUUGUAACGAUAACCUGAACAAUCUUAGUGAGUCUUUCAACAGAACAAUUUGUCUUGCAAGGAAAAAACCACUACUGGACCUGUUAGAAGAUAUUAGGAGACAGUGUAUGGUGAGAAAUGCGAAGAGGAAGAUUAUUACCAAUAGAGCAAAGACCAGAUUCACACCUAAAGCUCAUGAGGAGAUAGAAAAAAUGUCAAAGGGAGGCAUGGACUGCAUCAGAUAUAUGUCGACAGAUACACUACAUGAGGUAUCACAUGAUAAUGUUAGUUAUCGUGUAGAUUUUAGUGAUCAUACAUGUGGCUGUAGGAAAUGGCAGAUGACUGGAAUACCAUGUAUUCAUGCGGCUUGUGUUAUCACAGCAAAAAAACAAAAGGUUGAUGAUUAUGUGUCUAAGUUUUACACAACAAAAAUGUGGAUAGAAACAUAUCAGACUGGUCUUGAGUCUGUACAAGGAAUGAAGUUGUGGCCUAGGACUGGUAGACUUCCUGUUUUGCCACCACCAUGGAGAAAUCGUCCUCGUGGUAGACCUCCUAAUUAUGCAAGGCGUAAGGGAGUGAAUGAAACCGCCUCCUCUUCCUCCAAUAAGACGAAGUUAUCACGUAUGAAGAGAAUCAUAAUGUGUUCUAACUGCAAUGAAGAAGGCCACAAUAAGGUCUCUUGUUCAAAUCCGAGAGUGGAGAGUCAACCAAAAAGACCAAGAGGUCAUCCAAGAUUGAAUCAGGAAGGAGCAUCACAAGGGCAAGGGCUAGAUUCACAAGAGCAAGGGCAAGGUUCACAAGGACAGUGGCAAGGACAGUGGCAAGGGCAAGGUUCACAAGGGCAGUGGCAAGGACAAUGGCAAGGACAAAGUUCACAUGAGCAAGGUGCACAAGAGCAAAGGCAGUGGCAAGGUUCUCAAGGACAGUGGCAAGGAUCACAAGUGGAAGAGCAAGGUUCACAAGGUUCAGGUUGGCGACGCUGGUUUUUCUGA